AUGACUCGUGCAAAUGCCUUAAAAAUAGGCACGACUAGAUUGACGGACCAGAAAGGCGUCAUUAUUGCCAUUAAACAUGCGAUAGUACAUCCCAAUUAUAAACCACCCGCAAUAUAUGCAGACAUAGUUCUAAUAGAGCUCAUGAACUCUGUCACAUUUAACACAUUCACACAACCUGCCUGUCUUUAUCAGCAAUAUGACACUGUGCCUCGAAAGGCUUGGAUUACUGGCUGGGGACUCACCAGUUUCAAUGAGUGCGAGGAAUAUGUAGGCAAAAUUGCGGGUACGUCUUUUAUAACGUCUCUGACCGCUUCAUCAGACGUGCGCAAGAUAAUUCAUACCUGCGGGAGUAUGAAUCCUUUGGUGAUUAAUGGUACCGAGGCGCAAGCCAACGAGUUCCCUCACAUGGUCGCUCUGGGGAAACGCAAUGCCAAUCAAUUUGUCUUAAUGUGCGGUGGCACGUUAAUUUCACAUAACUGGGUGAUUUCCGCUGCGCAUUGCACUCAUGGAACAGAGUAA